AUGAGGAGAUGCAUUAUAAAAAUGAACGACCCCGCGGUUGGAGACUAUUUCAUGUGCAAGAAUUGCAAACAUUUCAUGUUGUCGAGAGAGACGGCAGAAUUGCAUCGUAAAUGUACCAAACAAGUAUUGGCCGCAUUUGAACCAAAGGAAGAUGUAUAUCGCUGUUCAACAUGUGGUAGAUACUUCGAUAACAAAGAGCAAUGGAGUGGACACAAUAAUUUACACAAAGCAAUCGGAGAUUACGAUCCGUUCAAAUUUGCAUACCUUAUAGACGACGAUAAUUUUGUUAGGAGUUUACGUUUAUAA